AUGGAAUCGGAAAGUAAAGAUGCUACUAUAGAUGUUGCUGAUAAUGAUAAUGGUGAUACAAAAUCAAUGGAAGAUAAAUGGCCAUUAGGAUAUUCUGAUGAAUCACCAUCAUCAUUGGCAGAAUUGAAAAAUACGGAAUGCCAAAUAUUAAAAUUUAUUGAAAAACAUUCGUCGGAAAACAGUCAAAAACAAUCUGAACAAGAAGAACCAUUUAAUGAAUUUGAGUUUGAAAAUGAAAGUUGUAAUAAUAUAUUACAAAAUAAAGAUAGGAAUCAAGAAAGAAGUUUACAAUCCAUUGAAAAAAAUCAAAAUUUGACAAAUCAAGAAAGAAGUUUACAAUCCAUUGAAAGAAAUCAAAAUUUGACAAAUCAAGAAAGAAGUUUACAAUCCAUUGAAAGAAAUCAAAAUUUGACAAAUCAAGAAAGAAGUUUACAAUCCAUUGAAAGAAAUCAAAAUUUGACAAAUCAAGAAAGAAGUUUACAAUCCAUUGAAAGAAAUCAAAAUUUGAUAAAUCUUCAUGGAAAUGUUCAAAUUUCACCUUCUCGUUCUAAAAGAAUUAAUCGAACGGCAAUUUUUAGGAUACCUUCAAAUCCUCCAACUUCUGCAAAUCAGAGUUCCGUACAAAGGAUUGUUUCUAAUCCUCCAAUUGCUGCAAAUCAGAGUUCCGUACAAAGGAUUGUUUCUAAUCCUCCAACUGUAGAUAGUACAGUUCCAUUGCCAUCACUUUCAAACAUUACUCAUUUUACUGAUAAUCUUCCCAUUGAUGAUCUACUCAAUUCAAACAUUCUAAUUCAAAAUGCAUUUCAAUAUCAAAAAACUAAAUCAAAAGUCCAAAAAGCUGCCAUUACAGAAGAUACAUGCAAACAAUGUGUUCCUAAUUAUAUUAUCAUGAAUCAAGAUGAGCAAGACAAAUGUAAAAUAAGAAUAAAAAAACAUUCUAAGAACAUAUCAUACUUUUCAAAUAUCUGA